AUGCCCGAUGAAGUGAAGCCCUCUGGUACCUGGCACGAUAGGAUACCUUCAAGCGCCAAAAUAGUCCCGAAUAUCUACCGGCUGCCCAUUACAAUGCUAUCCGGUACCAACGAACAGACAGGGCUUACCGAAAUGCAGCGACAAGUCUCGGAAAUUGUUCAACAUGGAGUCAUUGACCCAAAUUUUAAGUUCAAUGACUCAGAUUUCGAACUUUUGUCUACGCUACGGUACGAUCCAGGAUUCACUGCCACCACGGCUGCGAUUCCUAUGCAAAAUGAAGCUUCCAGAAAUUGGCCGGAUUUUGGAAACGUUGAUCCUUUACUAUCAGCUGUCGAUCUUCGAGCUUCCUUGCCAGAAAACGAGAGCCUACCGCACGACGAAACGUCACUUUUUCGGCUUCUAAGCGAUACCCACCGAGACAAUGGUCCACCUUCACCACCGCCAGAACUCGUUGAUGAAGAUCUCACCAACAUACCAGAAUCAGUUCUACUAAACACAUUUUACAAUCGCUUCCUGCUUCUAGGGGAGCAAUUCCAACGACUCACACUAACGCUCAACUACUUUGGAUGGGACUUUGAAGUCCCAUUUGCCCUGUUGCUCGAAAAAUUAAUCAUGGCAUUGCCUUGUCGUUUGAGUGCUUCUACAAACUUACACACGCGUAUGCAGAGCUUGUACAAUGACCGGAAAUGCUACAAAAUGAGAAUUCUGGUGUCCAGUUCCGGGAAAAUGCGUAUUGAGGCUCAUGAGAUACCAUCCAGUCCUUUUCAUCAUUCGUCCUCCACCCAGUAUUUCAUUGAUACCAUUUUGGGAGGUCUCAUAGACAAACCUAAUGAGGAGCCAUGGGACAUAUUCAUCGACACUCAAGCGUUGACAGCAUCUCCCUUCACAACAUUCAAAACGACAAAAAGAAAUCACUACAAUGAGGCCAGGUCUCGGAUGCAAGAGCUGCGGUCAACCAUAACAAAUCCCAGAGCUAAAUCAGAAAUCCUAUUAUACAAUAAUGCAUUUGAGCUGAUGGAAGGGUCCAUCACCAAUGUUGCGGUGCUACAAGACAAACCUGAAGGCUCGGGUACUUUUUAUCAAACGCCGUACCUCUCAACAGGCUGUCUUUGUGGGGUUAUGAGAUACUACCUCCUAAGCAAAAAGCUCUUAAAUGAGGGACAGACUGAUGUCCGCGAUUUGCGGGUGGGUGACUCAAUACUUUUGUUCAAUGGAGUGAUGGGUUGUGUUAGAGGCAUUAUCCGGAACUCGUUGCAAUAG